AUGGUCCAACAAGAGAAUUAUGACAUAGUAAUUGUGGGCGCCGGCCCCGUCGGUCUGCUCUUGUCCCUGUGUAUGUCACGAUGGGGCUACAAGGUGAAGCACAUCGAUAACCGCCCAGUGCCGACCGCUACUGGUCGCGCCGACGGUAUCCAGCCGCGAUCUACCGAGAUACUGCGCAACCUUGGUUUGAAGCGCUCGAUCAUGGCUUACGAGCCUGCCAAGGUAUACGACGUUGCCUUCUGGGAUCCCAAGGGUGACGGCUCUGGCAUCGGCCGUACUGGCAGCUGGCCUAGUUGCCCCCGUUUCAUUGACACCCGCUACCCUUUCACCACCCUGGUCCAUCAGGGCAAGAUUGAGCGCGUGUUCUUGGAUGAAAUUCAGAAGGCUGGCACAACCGUCGAGCGGCCAUGGACCAUCGUUGGCUUCAAGAACGAUGGCGCGAACGCUGAUUACCCUGUUGAGGUCAACCUGAAGUGCCUGGACACCAAUGUCAUUGAGAAUGUACGCGCCAAGUACUUGUUCAGUGGCGAGGGUGCUCGCAGCUUCGUCCGUGAGCAACUUGACAUCAAGAUCCACCACAAGGAUCCUAUUGCCUAUGUUUGGGGUGUCAUGGACGGUGUUGUGCGCACCAACUUCCCCGACAUUGAGACAAAAUGCACCAUCCACUCUGACGCUGGCUCAAUCAUGGUCAUUCCCCGCGAGGACAAUAUGGUCCGCCUCUAUGUUCAGAUCGCCUCCUCCACCGACGCCGAUUGGAAUCCCCGAAAGACAGCCACCGCCGAGGAGGUCCAGCAGACCGCGAAGAACAUUUUGAAGCCAUACUGGAUUGAGUGGGACCGGGUUGAGUGGUACUCUGUCUACCCCAUUGGACAGGGUAUUGCUGAAAAGUACACCCUUGACGAGCGAGUCUUCAUGGGUGGUGAUGCUUGCCACACUCACAGCCCCAAGGCCGGCCAGGGAAUGAACACUGCUUUCCAUGACGCACUCAACAUGGCCUGGAAGAUCCACGCCGUGGAGAGUGGAUUUGCCAAUCGUUCCAUUCUAAGCACCUACGAGAGCGAGCGCAAGGAUAUCGCUGAGACUUUGUUGAACUUCGAUUCCAAGUACGCAGCCCUGUUCUCCAAGCGUCGUCCUUCUGCCGGCGAGGUUGGUUCUGCCAGCCACGCCACUGUGGGUGCUGGUGGGGAGGAGGACGAAUUCGUCAAGACCUUCAAGUCAUCUUGCGAGUUCACUAGUGGAUACGGAGUGGCCUACCAGCCCAACAUUUUUACCUGGGACGCGACCCACCCUGCGAAGUCCGCUCUGUUCAAGAUCCCUGGCGUUCAUCUGACUCCGGGUCGUGCUUUCACCCCGACCACUGUCACCCGUCUUGCAGAUUCCAACUUUGUCGAGCUUGAGCAAGAAGUGCCCGCUAAUGGUGCAUUCCGCAUCUUCGUCUUCGCUGGCAACCAGCGCAAGACUAAGAAGGCCAUUGCCGACCUGGCUGCCAACCUAGAGAAGGAGCGCUCGUUCCUUUCGGUGUACCGUCGGUCUGACAUUGCCGAUGUUUCAUUCUUCGAGCGCCACAACCCCCACUCCAAGCUCUUCACCCUAUCUGUGAUCUAUGCAGGCUCCAAGAACACCAUCGAUAUGGACACCAUCCCCCAGGUCCUGCGUGACUAUCACCACCACCUUUAUGCCGAUGAUAUCCCCGAUGUGCGUGUUCCUCAGGCUCAAUUCGCUGCCCACGAGAAGCUCGGCUUUGAUGCUGAGAAGGGUGGUGUUGUCGUCACCCGUCCCGACAGCCACGUUGCUUGCACCGUGCAGCUUGUUGAGGGAAGUGGCACUGUUGACGCUCUCAACGAGUUCUUCAAUGCUUUCUCGACGAAGCCGCUGGGCCAGGACUCUCAACAGAGCCGUCUGUGA